AUGCACCGGCCAUCAGCCCUAGUCAGGUUCUGGUCUGGCCUGCUCAUCACACUGGGCUCGCUGUGCCCUGGAGGCUCCCCGUGUGGCAUUUCAACACACAUAGAAAUAGGGCACAGAGCGCUGGAGCUCCUGCAGCUGCAGGCUGGGCGCGUGGACUACAGAGAGCUGCUGCUGGAACACCGGGAUGCGUACCAGGCUGGCACCGUGUUCCCCGACGCCUUCUACCCCAGCAUCUGCGAAACAGGGCGAUUCCACGACGUGUCCGAGAGCACGCACUGGACCCCCUUCCUCAGCGCCAGCGUCCAUUACAUUCGGGAGAACUACCCCCAGCCCUGGGGGAAGGACACUGAGAAGCUGGUUGCCUUUCUGUUUGGGAUCACCUCUCACAUGGUUGCAGACGUCAGCUGGCACAGCCUGGGCAUCGAGCAGGGGUUCCUGAGGACAAUGGCAGCCGUGGACUUCCACAGCUCCUAUUCCGAGGCGCACUCAGCUGGAGACUUCGGUGGCGACGUGCUGAGCCAGUUCGAGUUUAAUUUUAAUUACCUCGCGCGGCACUGGUAUGUGCCCGUCGAAGACCUGCUGGGAAUUUAUAAGAAACUCUACGGCCGAGCAGUCAUCACCAAAAAUGCGAUUGUUGACUGUUCACACCUUCAGUUCUUGGAAAUGUAUGGGGAGAUGCUGGCCGUUUCCAAGCUCUACCCCACCUACUCCAGGAAGUCCCCGUUUUUGGUGGAACAAUUCCAGGAAUAUUUCCUUGGCGGACUGGAUGACAUGACAUUCUGGUCCACCAACAUUUUCCGGCUGACAAGCCACAUGUUGGAGAACGGGACCAGUGACUGCACCCUGCCUGAGAACCCUCUGUUCAUCGCCUGCGGUGGCCCCCAGACCAGCUCCCAGAGCUCACCGGUACAGAAAAAUGGCUUUCACAGAAAUCUGACUGCAUCCCUAACUGAAGAGACCAGAAAAAAUAUAAACUAUACCAAGAGAGGGGUGGUCUUCAGUGUGGACUCCUGGACCUCAGACUCUGUGUCCUUCAUGUACCAGGCUUUGGAGAGGAACUUGCGCAUGAUCUUCACGGGCAGCUCCCAGCGGCCAAAGAAGCAUGUGUCCAGCCCCCUGGCGUCUUACUUCUCGACACGUCCCUACGCAAGGCUGGGCUGGGCAAUGACCUCAGCUGACCUCAACCAGGAUGGGCACGGGGACCUGGUGGUGGGCGCCCCAGGCUACAGCCGCCCCGGCCACAUCCACGUGGGGCGCGUGUACCUCAUCUAUGGCAACGACCUGGGCCUGCCCCCCAUCGACCUGGACCUAGAGGAGGAGGCCCAUGGGGUCCUGGAGGGCUUCCAGCCCUCAGGCCGCUUUGGCUCAGCCUUGGCCGUGCUGGACUUUAACAAGGACGGCGUGCCCGACCUGGCCGUGGGCGCCCCUUCUGUGGGCUCGGAGCAGCUCACAUACAAAGGCGCCGUGUAUGUCUACUUUGGUUCCAAGAGGGGAAAGAUGUCGCCGUCCCCCAACGUCACCAUCUCCUGCCAGGACACGUACUGUAACCUGGGCUGGACGCUCCUGGCUGCCGACGUUAACAGAGACGGUGAUGCUGACCUGGUGAUGGGCUCCCCCUUUGCACCGGGUGGAGGGAAGCAGAGGGGCAUGGUGGCCGCGUUCUAUUCCGACCCCGGCCGAACUCACAAAGAACACCUGCAGGUGGAGGCAGCCAACUGGCUGGUGAGAGGCGAGGAGGACUUCGCCUGGCUGGGCUACGCCAUUCACGGCGCCCGCGUGGACAACGGGACCCUGCUGCUGGUGGGGAGCCCCACCUGGAAGAAUGUCAGCAGUCUGGGCUACUUGUCCCGUGUGCGUGACAAGAAGCAGAGCCUCGGACGAGUGUACGGCUACUUGCCACCCCGCUGCCAGAGCUCCUUCACCAUCUCUGGGGACAAGGCCAUGGAGAAACUGGGCAGCUCCUUGUCGAGUGGCCAUGUGAUGGUGAACGGGUCCCGGACGCAGGUGCUGUUGGUUGGGGCCCCCACGCACGAUGACGUGUCUAAAAUGGCCUUCCUGACCAUGACCUUGCACCAGGGUGGAGCCACUCGGAUGUACGCACUGACCCCCGACCUACGGCCGUCCCUGCUCAGCUCCUUCAGUGGAGACCGCCGUUUCUCCCGGUUCGGAGGUGUCCUGCACCUGAGUGACCUGGAUGGGGAUGGCUUAGACGAGGUCAUCGUGGCAGCCCCCCUGCGGAUAGCGGACAUGACCUCGGGGCUGAUCGGGGGAGAGGAUGGCCGUGUCUACGUCUACAACGGCAGACACACCACCUUCGGCGACAUGUCGGGCAGAUGCAAGUCCUGGCUGUCCCCAUGUCCGGAGGAGAAGGCACAACAUGUGUUGAUUUCUCCCGAAGCCAGCUCGAGGUUCGGGAGCUCCGUGGUCACCGUGUGGUCCAAGGACAAGAACCAAGUGGUCGUGGCUGCUGGAAGGAGCUCUCUGGGAGCCCGGCUCUCUGGGGCGCUUCAUCUCUACAGCCUGGGCCCAGACUAAAGCCCCGCCCACGUGCUCGCCCAUCCGGAG